CCCUGGGACUGAGGCCAGAGACGCUUUGUUUACAAGGGGAGCGUUUUGGGAGCAGUCACAUUUUUUUUUUAAAGUGAGGAGCUGAGAAGCCAAGCAUCAGUGAGAAAGUGAGAGGAGGGAAGCAGAGCCUCAGGGGGUGGAAGCAGGUCUUCAGGGUGAUGGAGGCAGAAGAUUAUUAGGGACCAAGAUAUGGGGAGUUAGGGAUAAGGAAGCAGAGGUGUCUGAGGGAGAUUAAAGUGCAUGAAUGUGAAAGACAAUUGAAUGCACCUCAGAAGGAUCAAGUAGGUGAAUCUGAGGGACAGAGGACGGCAGUCUGGGGUAGGAUUAGAGCCAUAUAAAUUGGGGAGGGUAGUAGUGUCUUACUGAGAGGGUAAGCAAGAGUGAAGGAUUGGGGACAGGAGAGAUGUACAGAGAAUGUAAGUGAAAGGGAUAAGGAACAUCAGGUGAUGCAGUGUGGGACCAAGUGUUUGUAUAAAAGCAGGAGGUUGAAAUUGAUAAAGAGAUAAGGGACGGCUGUGACACAGGGAGAGGAGGAGCAGAUCUCAGUAAUACAGCAGGAAGUAAACUUUUACACUUUUCAUAAGUCCUAUCCUAUAGUGUAAAACACUAAUCUCUGUUGAAGAUGGCUAUUGGUACUGGGGCACAGAUGCUCACACAUGGUCUAAUGCUGCUGGGUGCCUGUGUGGCAUCUCACUGGUCACCAUAACUCUCUGUUUGUGCUGAGGGUACAGGAUGACACGCUGGUUUACCUGUUCAUCCAAACGAUCUCAAACCGCUGACUGGAGUAAAUAUGAUGAUCGUUUGAUGAGAGCAGCAGAGAGAGGUGAUGUGGAGAAGAUUUCAUCCACACUCGUAAAGAAGGGAGUAAACCCUAGCAAGCUGGACCUAGAGGGACGCUCAGCGUUCCAUGCUGUAGCCUCAAAGGGUCACCUGGAGUGCCUGAAUGCCAUCUUGUUGCAUGGGGUGGAUCUCACAGCUCCAGAUGCUGCUGGAAGGAAUGCUCUGCAUCUGUCUGCAAAGUAUGGCCACUCCCUUUGCCUCCAGAAGCUGCUGCAGUUCAACUGCCCAACAGACAAUGUGGAUCUGCAAGGCAGGACAGCGCUGCACGAUGCAGCAAUGUCAGAUUGCUGCUCUAGUGUGCAGCUGCUUUGUGACCAUGGAGCAUCAAUUAACGCAAAAGAUGGGGAUGGAAGGAGUCCCCUGGCUCUAGCUACACAGAUGUGCCGCCCAGCGAUAUGUCAAAUGCUAAUAGACAAGGGAGCUGACAUUAACUCCUGUGACAAGCAGAACAAGACGGCUCUGAUGCUGGGAUGUGAGUACGGAUGUAAAGAAGCGGUAGAAGUCCUUCUACGGAAUGGUGCUGAUGUUAGCUUGGUUGAUUCUCUGGGACAUGACUGUACAUAUUAUGCUAGGAUUGGGGACAAUCUGGAUAUCCUUUCCAUGAUCAGAACCGCAAUGGAAAAUUUGCCUCGUGGGCUCGAGUCUGUGAGGAGAGUCACUUCUCUGCGCACGAAAUGGUCAAAACAAAGUUCGCAGGAGGAGGCUCAAAUGAAGUCAAAAGAACCUUCUUUGGAUCUGGAGGCUGAGAAUGAGGACCUGAGAGAGAGACUCAGGAAGAUUCAGCACGAGCAGCGGGUUCUAUUUGAAAAGGUUGGAGGUUUGCAGCUACAGCUCAGUCAGGAACAGAUGAUGUCAGACGACCUAGAAAAUGAGAAGGAGGAGCUUAAAUCCGUGUUGGGAGCAAAAGAAAAGGAACUAGAGGAAAGUCUGAGGACCAUGGAAAACCUGCGUGGAAAAUUAAGAUAUUAUGAGCAGAAGAACCUAUCAUCUCCAAGUAGCCCAUUCACUAAUGGAAAAGAAGAACAUGUGAUGAAGCAGUCUCCUGUUCUCAGUCCAGAAUCUCAGCGUGCUGUUCACCUGCAAGCCAGGUCUCAGCUGCGGCCUUUAGAGGUCCCUGGUGAAGGCAUUGAUCAUCGCCAGGAAAUUGAGACGUUGCGCAGGUUCUAUGAGAUGGCAAGGGAGGAGUCCAUGAAACUGCAGCAGGAGCUGUCAAGGAGAUCCUCUGAGUGCCUGACAUUAGCCACUGAGCGUGACCGCAGCAAAGCAGAGUCUGAUCAGCAGAUCCGGCAAUUGGAGGAGGCACUACGAGAUGUGCAAAAACGUAUGUUGGACUCUGAAGGAAAAGUGAAGCAGAUGCAGUCACAUUUCUUGGCAUUGAAGGACCAGCUAACGCAGGACGCUUUGAGUGGUAGUUUUCGUGCUGAGGACAUGCAGGUGCAGCUCGUGGAAAUGAAGGAGAAGUACGAAGGAGCAUCUGCAGAAGUUGGGAAGCUGCGCAAUCAACUACGCCAUAAUGAGCUUCUUGUACAAGAGCUACGCAGAGAAGAUUCUCGCUUGCGCAAAGAGUGCCGCCGUCUGCAAGAGGAGCUGGCAGCUUGUGAGGAGGAAAAGGAGAAUGCAGAACGUAGGGUGCAGGAAGUUGUGGAGCAAUUAGCUCUUGCUGUCACUACUGACAAAUUUGAGAACAUGAGGUGUCUCCUGACUAAUGAGGUAAAUGAGAAAUCCAGAAGUUUGGAGAAAACUGAAAGUGAGUUGACGAAGAUCAGGGAGGAGCUAGAAUCUGCAAAGAGAGAAAAGAAAAGGAUGGAUACCAAAACUGAAAUGCUGCAAAAGGAAGUGGAGGAAACAAAAGUAAAGAAUGUUAGCCUUAGCCGGCAGGGAGAAAAACUGCAUUCAGAGAAGAUUCUUCUUCAGCGGCAGAUAGAGGAACUGACAGGGCAGAUGAGGAGCCAACAUGUCCCUGUAAAACUCCAUGAAGAAACUAAGAGAGCCUGCGAGGAAACCAUUGCUCAGCUUAGUCAAAAGUUGUCAGAGUCUCAGCAGAGGCAUAGGGAAGCAGAGUUGGAGCAGGGUAAGCUACAGAAACAGAGAAAAAACAUAGAGGAGGAGAUACUGCUCCUCCAGGCCUCUAACAGAACCAGAGAGGAGCAAGAGAAAGAGCUCAGAACUUUACAGUUAAAGGUCACACAACUUGAAAAACAACUUAAUGAGACGUCUAAGAAAUAUGAGGAGGAGGCAACCAAAUCCCACAGCCUCAGUAGGGAGAACACAAGUAUGAAGGUGAACUAUGUACCUCUGACAAAACACCAUCAGGAAACUGCUACCUUAACCUCUGAAUUAGAUAAUGCUAAGGCAGAUAUGAGCAUGCUUACAAAGCAACUGGAGAAUGCACUUGCAGAAAAGGCAGCAUUUUGUGAACAGUUGGAGCAUGAAACUACGGUUCAGACAGAGCUUCGGAAACAGAGUGAGAAGGAAGCUGCACAGCGGGCAGAAUUGCAGAAAAAAAUAGAGAAUGAAAUUACGGAGAAGGCAGCCAUGCAAACACAGAUAGACCAGAUGAAGGUGCAGAUAAACACGGAGUAUGUAGAAAGGAAGAAGCAUGAAGAACAGGUCUCAAAUCUGAAUAAAGGUAAGGAACUUAGCCAACAAGAAUGUUUAAAAAUACAAGCAAAAUACCAGCAGGCAAAUGAUGAGGUGCAGAGACUCCAGAUAGCCAUCCAGGAUCAGAGAAAGGAGUUAGACACCCUACAUUGCUGUAUUACUGAGCGAUAUGCUCCACUUGCAACUGUGGAGGAGAAGGAACAAAACUUUCAGGCCACAGUAAGCAAGCUGGAGGCUCAGCUGCAGGAGCAAUUACGUAUAAACCAAGAGGUCCAAGAUAAGCUUGAGGAACAGCAUCAACUAAACAAGAGGUUACAAGAAAAGCUUGACAGAGCAGAACAUGAAUUAUAUGAGGAGCGUUUCUCUCACAAGCAAACUGAAAACACAAUGUGCAGUCAGUUAGACGACUUACACAGUCGUUUACAAGAUAUGGAGACAGAGGCCAAAGAGAAACAACAAGCUCUUCAGGAAGAAACUCUUAAGGCUACCAAUAAACUGCAAGAGCUACAGAAAAGUCUGAGCAGUCAGUACAUCCCUGCAGAGCAGCACCAGCAACUGAUGAAUAUAUUGGAUAACACUAGAGUAUCUUUGGAGACUGAGCUGAAAACACAGACAAACUUUUAUAAAAGAGAGCAGGAAACAGUCCGGAGGCUAGAGCAGGAAUUGGAAAUGCAGAGAGAAUUAUCUGUCCCCAGCACCCAGUACACACAGGAAAAGGAGGCUUUGGAGAGGAUGUUAUCAGACGAACAGCAGAAAGUACUAAAGGAGAAAGAUGCCAGAAACCUAUCUGAUCAACAAGUGAUUCAGCUCCAAGAGGAACUGUGCAAAACCCAGUACAGCCUACGGGAGCUGCAGGCCUCUGAGGCGAGGGCAAGGGCUGAGCAUAUAACUGUAAGGACACAGCUAGAGCAGAAAGUGUCUGAACUAGAGAACACCUAUUCCACGUACAAACAUGAUGCUGAACAAGUAGCUCAGGAACUACAGACGGCUAAGCAAAAGAAUAUGAAACUACAGGAGAGGAGCAACAGCAUAGAAGGUGACAUUGCUCAGCUUAAAGGGAGAUAUGAUCAGUCAUUGAGUACCAUAGAGGAGCUGAAGACAAGCAUCCAACUGUCAGCAAGGGACCUUGAGAACAAGGACAACCAGAUCUCUGUGCUCCUUGGGGAUGUGGAGAAGUUAAAGCUCGCUUUGUCCAAACUUACCGGGGAUUCCGAGAAAAACCUUGGGAGCCUACAGACCCAAAUCGUAUCACUCCAAAAUCAGCUGGAUGAAGCUCAGCACAGACAUCAGGAAAUCAUCUCCAUCUAUCGCUCACACCUCUUGAAUGCUGUGCAGGGUCACAUGGAUGCAGAUGUGCAGGACGCAUUGCUGCAGAUUAUUCACAUGAGACAAGAGUUGGUCUGCUAAUCCCAACAUUCACUUUGGGGGUGUGGCAACAAGGGGGGGGGGCUCUUACUAGUUCAUAGAUAAGGAGACUUACAAUAUAUAUAUAGUCACUGUACACGUGGGAAUCACAUGGAGUCCAGGAUGACACUAAAUACCUUAAGACACAAACAUUUUGCUGCAAAGUCCACAUCUAUCCAGUGAGAAUAUAAUUGUGCUAAACAGAAACAAGUUAUUUUGGUGAUAAAGUCUGCAUUUAACAGUAAAGCAGUAAGUAAAUAGAAAGUGAUAUAUACAGAAAGGGGUGAAAACAUGGCAUCAGAAGUCUGAAGAAA